AUGAACAAGGGCAAAAUACGAAUAAAGGAGAUAUUAGAUCUUACCCUGGAGAUCAUCUACCUACUGACUGGAGAGAGUUAUCCCGUUGCGAAGUUUGGCCACCAAGUGUCUCUAACAUUGCCUCCAUCACAGUCCAUAACAGCUAGGAGUACCAAUGUGCAAAAGAUCCUGGAACUGGUAAACAAGAUAACUGAACUAUUGACCAGAGAGAUUGGCAGUGAAGAUGAGACAGAUAUCAUGGAGGAUCAGCCACACAAGGACGAGGGGAUUCUUACAAAGAGAUGUCCUAGUCUUCCUUAUUCCACAGAUUCCAGACAGGAACAUCACAACAUCCCUUACCCUAUUCAGAGUGAAGAUCUCAGAGACAUGAAAACAGAACAUAUAAAGGAUACUGAGAUGUAUAUGGGGGCUGAUCAGCAGUCUAAAGAGGUGGUCGAAAUGGUGGUGAGGAUUAAAGAAGAAGAAUCCUCUAUGCAGAUUGGCACAACAAACCUGUACAUGAGGAAUAUCCUGGAAGGGCACCUUGACAUCACACAAGAUCCUCCAGGAGAAAGCCCCGUAACCCCAGACAUCAAUUCUGAGGGAUCAUCUCACUGCAAAUCAGAAACCUGUUCCAAACGGAGUGAAUAUUCUAUGUGGAAAUCAGGUUUUGUUGAAGAUCAGAAGGUGGACGCUGACAUUGGCUACUAUGGAUGUUCAGAGUGUCGGAAAGACUUUGCUAGUGAUGAAGACCAUGAAAAACAUCAUGCUAUGAGAAAGCCAUUUUCAUGUUCUGACUGUGAGAAACAGUUUCAAGUGAAAUCCAAACUCAUCCGCCACGUAUGGGUCCACACUGGCGAGAAGCCCUACUCUUGCACUGUGUGCAGUCGAUGUUUCAGCAACAAGAAGAAUCUCGCUAUACAUGUCCGCAGACUCCACCCAGUUAAUAAGGUCUUUUCUUGUUCAGACUGCAGCAUGUGUUUCCAGGAGAAAGGGCGCCUAGUUAUGCACCGGAGGAUUCACACAAGUGAAAAGGAGCGGCCGAGGCCAUAUGUCUGCCCAGAAUGCCAGAAAGCUUUUACCAAGAAUUCUGACCUUGUGAGGCACCGCAGAACACACACGGGUGAAAAGCCUUUUUCAUGCAGUGAGUGCGGGAAAGGCUUUGCGCAGAAGACUCAACUCAUCACCCAUCUCCGAGUCCACAGAGUGGAGAAGCCAGGUACCUAA